GGUGGCAGAAUCAGUUAGCUCCCGCAACUAUGAUAACGAUUUGGGUUACGUUAAUAGUCACAAUGCAGCAAAUGUCCUCAACACCGCUGGUUGUUGACAAAAUUGUCGAUCCGGUGGAGGACUUGUUUUAUGGUGCCAAAGAUUUGGCCAAUAUGAACGAAAUGAUGAUAAUUGAUAACAUAGCAGCCAAAAUGGACGAAACUGAUCCGUUUAAAGGGACCAACGCCAGUGUAAAGUUUCAAAACUUUAUGUACACCAUUGCAGAGCUGCCCAUGGACUUGGGAACUGACAUUAUUGAGAGCGUCGCAAAUAUUGAAGGUACGCUAGACAAGUUUGAGCAUAAUAUGCACGUAGCCGUCGCCGAUGAUGCAGAUGCUGCCAGCGAAGCUGAGCCGGGAAAAAGUAUUGUCAAGCAUAAAGAUACAAUGGGAAAAGCAGACGAAGAUUGAUUGGG